AAAGGAAAUCUCGUUUUUGAAAGAGAGAGAGAGGAAAGUUGCGUUUGAGCUCUCCCGGAUUUCCACCUGACUGCUCGGGAAGCGGGACACUGGGCACAGGCACAAUGUUGAGUUUGGGGAGCGGAGGAGCGAAAUCUAAUAAACCGUCAUUUGUGUCUUACGUUACUCCUGAGGAAAUAAAAUUGGAGAAAGACCCACCAAAAGAAGAGAAACAUCCUGAUUUGCUACCAGGGGAAGUUGUGUUUUGCAGUGCAAACCCCAUCCUCAAAUAUACUCAAGAUGACCUCUCCCAGCGUGGCGUCUUUGGCACAUUGUUCUGCACCAAUUUUCGCGUUACGUUCAUUAGUGAUGAGAUCUCGCAGGAAGAGACCGCCAAGAAAUUCAAGAACAAACUCUACGGAGAAAAUGACAUUCCAUUAAUGUGUGUGGAUCACAUCUAUGGUGUUUAUGAUGAAAAGAGGAAGCUGAUAACAGGAGGCCUUGUGAAGAACAAAUGCCCAUCUAAAAUGAUAAUUCACUGUAAAGAUCUACGAAUGUUUCAGUUCUGCCUGACAUACACCAAGGAGGAAGAUGCUAGAAAGAUCUUUCAAGGUAUUGCACACCAUUGUUUGGAGGAGAAAUCUCUGAAGUGUGUCUUUGCCUUUUCAUAUGAGGGGACAACCAGCCCAGACAUGCAGAGGAAACACGAGACAAUUAUGUUCGACGCACCAGAGGACUGGACACAGGAAAUGAAACGGACCAAGUCGAAUUGUAGAUUAGUUACUGAAAAUGAGAACUUUGAAAUCUCGACGAGGUUACCAAAGUACUUUGUCAUUCCAUCAGCCCUAGAUGACUUAGUCAGCCACCAAGGAAAAGGAUUACCUGUCUGGUGCUGGUCCCAUCACAGUGGUUGUGCCCUGUUCAAAGCAUCUUUCCCACCUGUGGCACAGGAAGACGGGGAUUUCCAGAAGCACUUGGAUACAAUGAUAAAUGCAGUCGCACAUAAUUAUCUUUACUCUGUAAAAACAGAGGACCUCUCAGAAUCACUUCCUACUAUACAAGACAUCCAGCAGUCUUAUAACAAGUUCAAACUGUUUUUUCUUAUCGAUAAUUCAACAGAUUUUUGGAUGUCAGAUGUGAAGUGGUUCUCUUCGCUUGAAAGCUCAGGUUGGCUAGAUAUUAUCAGACAGUGUCUCCUAAAAGCAGUAGAGGUGGUUGAAUGUCUUGAAAAAGACAACACAAACGUCCUUAUAACAGAGGAAGAGGGGACAGAUCUUUGCUGUGUGAUUUCCAGUCUGGCUCAGAUAAUGCUGGACCCUUAUUACAGGACACUUACAGGUUUCCAGAGUCUGGUGCAGAAAGAGUGGGUGGCUGGUUGCCAUGCUUUCCUGGAUCGAUGUAAUCACCUCCAUCAGAAAGACAGAGAUUGUCAGUCUCCGGUCUUCCUACUGUUCCUCGAGUGCGUGUGGCAGCUUGUUCACCAGCACACCCCAGCCUUCCAGUUCUCUGAGACUUACCUAACAGUGCUGUCCGACAGUAUACAUGUGCCAGUAUUCAGCACUUUCCUGUUCAAUUCUCCCCAUCACAGGGAAAGUGUUAUGAAGGUUGAGUCGCCACUAGCACAAAGCGGCCCAUUGAACUGUCCUUCAGUGUGGGACUGGUCUCUGCAGUUUGACAGCAAGGCCCAGAAUUUCUUCCUGAACCCCCUGUACUCGGAGAAAGUGAAACACGUUGUCCGCAGAAUUCACAAGCCCAAGCACCAAAGACAGUUAUCUUUACCCUGCUCAGCCUUUAAAACUCCACCCAAGAAAGGUUUCUUUAAGGAUGAGACCGACAGCCUUAAAAAGAUGUUGCAAAUUAAACGUAUCAGUCGCUGGAUGGGCUCCCCUGACUCUCCCAUGGUGUCCUCCCGCGAGUUCUACGAGUCCUGGCAACGGCGUCCUCUGGACUAUCACAGCCUCCUGCUUCCCUGUCUGGAUGGACCGGCUAUUCGCCUCUGGAUGCAGCGCUACCUGCGUUGGAUACCUGAGGUUAACAUCCUGGGCGGUGGAUCUGUGGCCAUCACAAGCAAGCUUAUGGAACUCCUAAGUCAGGUGCAGGAUUUAAAACGCGCGCUGGAGCAAAGAGACCCAUCGCAAGCAGCUAAACUCGAUCAUCGCUUGCACCUUCAGCACAGGCCGCUGUCAUUUGGCUCAUCUGGACAUAUGUCGUCGUUUCCCUUUGCUUACAACCGCAGCCGAUCUUUCAUGCCUAUAAUUCCUACAGGUAUGCUGCAAAGCAUUGUGUUAAAUGACAACUUGGCCAUUCAGGAGGAUGAGGUUGUUAGUUUGGUUUAACAGGAAAUGUUAUUGGUGAAUACCGGAUAAUAGUGGCCUUGUCAGAUUAAAAAUGCUGAUGGUGCUAAGAGGGUCUUUUUGUAAAGUAAUAUAUGCCUUUUUUCCAAACCAAAUGUGCCCUACUGUACUCAAAGCAUUACAUGAGAUGUUAAAUACAGGAUAAUAGUGGCCUUGUCAGAUUAAAAAUGCUGAUGGUGCUACGAAGGUCUUUUUGUAAAGUAAUGUAUGCCUUUUUUUCAAACCAAAUGUGCCCUACUGUACUCAAAGCAUUACAUGAGCCACACAGGAUUUAAGCUUUUUUAUUAUUUUUGCACAUUUUCCAUCUGUAUCUUAGGGAAACAUCACCAUGCAUUUUCCUUUUUAGACCUUCACAAAACAGGAACAGGAUAUAGCUCUCAACUUCCAGCUCUUCCACUGAGACGCUUCUUGCAUAGCACAGUGUUACAUUAUACUUUUUUAUUACCAAGUAAUAUUUGUCACAUUUAACACAUUUUUUGACAUGUAAAGGAAGUUCGUCCUUGUUUUUUUGUCUGACAUCUAAUAGCUCUGGCUAAAACUGCACUAAAAUAUGUUUGAUGUCUUCUUAACUUAAACACACUUGUCUAUCUUGUACACAUUUUCUACAUACCACUACCAAUCUGAAAGUUAUAAUAAGCGAUACAUUCAGUAUUAUGAAUGAGAUAAGAAAUUGUAAGUAUGAUGCCAUCUACAGUUACAUGAUUGUAACUGCAUUCAUCUACUUCCUACUUCUAUUUGGAAAUGAAAAACAAAAAUCAGAUAUUCAACUGAUGUGGUCCUAUUGUCGUAUAAAUGUUUUCCCAUA